AUGAAAUUUUUCGUGUGUUUAUCCCUCCUCGCUACCGCCGCAUCAGCCCGCUCGAGCAUCGUCCCCGUCAACGAGCGGUGUGUCGACUCCAUAACAACAGCAUACACAUACGUAACCUUCGCUGGCUCGCCAUCACGGAAAUUCCUAGAGCAGCGAUGUCGGAACCCCCUUGCCGUGACGUCGAUCUAUGCUUCGGCCGAUAUCUACUGUCGACCGAAUGAACGGGAAGCUGGGAUCCGACGGCUCGAGUGGAUGUGUGAGGAGGCGGACCUGGAAUUGUUGUCGAGGGAGAAGGUCAAGGAGAAUCUGACAGAGGACGCCAUUUUACACAUGAGGAGGGUGGACUAUUUGGAGUUGGAUAUGGGGACCCCGGUUAGGUAUCCUGUUCUGCUUUCGGCCGAGCAUUAUCGCAGGGUGUUUUUGACGAUGAAUACGUGGGCGUAUGAGAGCUGGACGCAUUAUGCAUAUGGGUAUGCUUUCCUCGUGCCGCUGACCGCGAUGUCUAACCAGUCAAUGCAGAUACAUCGGCUACCUGUACUGGGCAUGCAUUCUCUCGCUAGGGAUGCUGAACAAGAUGCUGAACCACUUCAUCAUCUCCCGUUACGAAGAGAGAACCCUGCUCUCGCGACACUCGCCCUUACGACGAAUCUCCCACUUCCUCCAAACACACCUCCUCGUCCCGACUGCCUUCCCCUCCCACGGCCGGGAGUUGCUCUGUUGGACAUUCUCAAAUCGUGCCGAGGCCCUCGUCACCCUCGGCUUCUGGAUUCUCAGCACCCUUCUCUGCGCCGAAUAAUCUCGUUCGCGAAUCUACCGCUCCUCUGGCUCUUCGCUGGCCGCAAUAAUAUCUGCGCGUGGGCGACGGGGUGGAAUUUCGCGACGUUCAACGUAUUUCAUCGGCAUGUUGCGUGGAUUGCGACGAUCCAGGCCGUCGUACAUACCGUGCUUUAUCUCGUGCUGUUUUUCCAGAACUCGAAUCCGUGGAGGAAGCUUCAGAAACCCUACCUUUUAUGGGGGACCUUGGCAAUGGCCCUGAUGCUACUCAUCCUCCCCCCGGCAGUGACCUGGUUUCGACACCGCGCCUACGAAACAUUCCUGUUCAUCCACAUCGUCUUCUCAAUCGGACUCCUUGUCGGGUGUUUCUACCACACCAUCAUCUUCGAAACCCACGAGUACUGGUUCUACCUCUGGCUCCCCGUCGGGAUCUGGGCCUUCGAUCGCGGCCUGCGAAUUCUCCGGGUUGUAUACUGCAACAUCCACGUCCACGUCCUCUCAAAUUCCAGACACAAAAAGAAGAUCCAGCUCCAGACCACAACAAGCACAGCAUCCUACGACGAAGCCGCCGACCUGAUCCGCCUCGACGUCAUCCCCGGCGCUGGUGCUGGCACUGAUAUCCGUCUCCGCCCCGGACCCGGACAGUACUACUUCCUCUACCAGCCCUUCAGAUGGACAGGGUGGGAAAGUCACCCGUUCACGCUGGGCAGCUGGGGAUACAUAGUUCGCCCGGCAGAAGGCAACCUUAAGUACACCUCCAAAUCCGGCCAGACAACGCCCACAGCGCUAAAAGGCGACGAGGAAGUCGACGUCUCGCAGAUCCCGCUGCUGUCUGACUCGUCCUCGGAUAGUCACGCUACCUUGACACACGCCCACACCGAUGGACCCUCUGGGGAGGUAAACGUGCAGCUCAAACUAACCUUCUACAUCCGCCCCUACAACGGGUGGACGCGCGCCCUGCGCGACCAGUGCCGCGCCUCACCGAAUCUCUCAAGUACCAGUACAAGCACGAUCCUCCUCGAGGGACCCUACGGGACUGAAUUCCCGGUGUGGCGGUAUGAAUCCGUCCUCCUGAUUGCGGGGGGGACGGGGAUCGCGUCGGCGGUGCCGUAUAUCCAGGACCACAUUGCGCGGUCGGCGGGUGGAGACCAUGAAGAAGGUGCUGGCGAUGAGGAAGCCGAGGGGCCGGGUACAAGAACAAGGGUGCGCAAUAUGCAACUCCUCUGGGUAACGCGACAAGAAGAGUUCAUUCGUGAUCUCGCACGCAAUGAACUUGGUCCCGCGCUAGGGAGAGGUGAUUUCACGGCGAGCUUUUUCGCGACGGCGACGGCGUCUGAUGCUUCCGCCCUUUCGCGAACUGGCCAGAGACAGCGACAGUACCCGCGCUCGCGAGUAUCAGAUGCGCGACAACCAAAUAUCGGUAUCCCCACAAUAGUACCCGGAGCUGAACGGUUGGGCAGCGGUGUGGAUGUUGAUAUCACACCCGGCCGCCCGAAUCUAGAGAAGAUCAUCGCCACCUUCGCAGAAGAGGCGCACGCUAGUGAUUCUUCUGCGGCGGUGCUAGUCUGUGGGCCGCAGCGGAUGGCGGAUGAGGUUAGGGCUGCGGUUGUUUGGGCGUUGGGGCGCGGGAUGGUGGUGAGUCCACUCCUGAUGUCUAUAACAUCAACCAGCCUCAACCAAGUGCAAUUCACCAUUAUGACCCUCGACCUCCUCGCAACCGCCGUCCUGGCCACCGCAAUCCCGCACGCCCCGUCCCCUGCCCACAGCACCACCAACGCCGCGCUCAUCUUGCAAGCGCAACAUAACCCUCGAGCAUGCAGCGAUACCAUUUAG